AUGUCUAAGUGCUUCUCUGGUGUGUUGUGUGCAGUUUGCCCGGGCACACAGAACAAGCUGAGCACGCUGUCUGACCUGGAGCAGCAGUACCGGACGCUCAAGAAGGUCUACGAGAACUGUGAGGUCGUCAUGGGCAACCUGGAGAUCACCAGCAUCGACCGCAACCGCAACCUCUCCUUCCUCAAGUUGAGUAUCUCUGAAUCCGAGUAA